CACUAGACUUCUUUGGCUAGGCUAGCCAGGCUAGCUGUUCUGUUGCUUCGACAUUGCGUGACAACGAAGCAGCAAAUGAUUGCAUUCGGGAAAGACGCGGCAAAUUAUGUAUAAUUAGUAUGCGAAUGUAGCGUAAGAUUUGCUUAAAGUUUAACAACUUAUAUCUGAACUGUAAGAAUAUAUUGUGAAGGUGACUGAUUUAAACUCAAGACAUUAAUUAAUCGCGCAAUCAUGGAAGUGGUGAUCGAAGAAAGCGAGCCUAACGUUCUUCGUGAGAUAAUGAACGACGAAGAACUGGCUCAAAUUCCAAAAGAAAUUGCGAAGAAGAUUCAUGCGCACUUCAAUGCGAAAUUUGAUGAAUUUAUAACUGCAAAGGCUGUUUAUGAAACUAACCGUAAAAACUUAGAACAAAGUUUAGAAAAAGUUCAGAAAGACCUUGCAGUACAUAAGACAGAUCUUGAGGAGUGUAGAGGAAAGUUAGAGUUAUCAGAAAAGAAUAAUACAGAAAUAUCCAGCAAUCUUGAAGAAUUAAGGAGUGAUAUACAUAAAUUACAAGAAUCAGUCAAAUGGUUGGAGAAAGAAAAUGGUGAACUACGCAGACAAAGAGAUACAGUUACGGAUGAAGCUAAUGCAUUGCAAAUGCAAGUUGAAAGACGAGACACUGAAACUGAAAGAUUACGUGCUGAAUUAUCUUCUUUGAGCACUCAGCUUCAAGCUGCUAUUGCAAGCAAAUGUCAAGCUUUAACUGAAACAGAAGAAAUUCGUAGUCGAGAAAUGAUCUUGGACUUCAAAGAAAAACGAUUAGAACAAGAAAGAGUUCUUUUGAACCAACAAAUGGCAGGUCUUGAAGAAGAAUUGGCCAAAAGAACUUCUGAGCUGCAAGCGGCGAGAUCUGAAGCAUCAGCAAGAGCGCUUUUAGUUGAUACUAAAUUAUCUCAACGUGAAGAAGAGCUGCGCAUAGCCAAUGAAACUAAUUCCCAACUACGAGAAUCAGUUUCUUCUCUUCAAAAGCAAUGUGACGAAUUAGCUCAAAAAGUGGAACAGCAACGAGCUCAUGAAAUUGCCAUAAAUGAUUCUUAUCAAAAAGAAAUUAACGCACAGAAAAAUCUAGCCAGUUUGUACGAAUCCAUGAAAGAUGAUGCUAACGCAAAAGCUGAAGAACUCUCCAAUGCGGCAAGUGAGCUGCAGAAACUUGUGGACAGCACUGCAGAAGAAUAUGGUAAUUUAGAAACAAAGUACAAUCAAUUGUUACUUCAACAUAAACAAGAAAUUGAAGAGAAGGAACAGAAAGUUCAAGAGCUGACAAAAGAGCUGGAACAUGCAAAUGAAUUGUUGAAAACCAUUCAACAAGAAAAAUUAGACCAAGCUGUGGAACAAUUGGCGCCCACAGCAGCUAUAACAAGCCGAGUAUUAAGAAAAGGUCUUAGCCUCACACAGAUUUACACUCAGCUUGUCGAAAUUACCAAUGAAUGUACUUUGCAACGAGAAGAGAAUGAACAUUUGAAGGCCGAGAUGGAUCGCAUUCUUCGCGAACUGGAAGAAAGAGCGCCAUUGCUACAGCAACAACGUCGGGAUUACGAGACAGCCAUGAUGAACGUAGAAACACUGACUUCUAGAUUGGAUGAACUUCUUCAAGAAAAUCAACGUCUCAAUGAAAGUUCUGAUGAAGCCAACCGUAUUGCCAAACAUCAUUCUACCGAAAAUCAGAGAUUAAAAACUGAACUUGCUGAUUUGGCUAGACAGGUGUGUUAUCUCCUUAAAGAAGUUCAAGAAAGUCGCACCGGUACUCUUGUAGAAACCAAGGACUUGUCUUCCUCAGUAGAAAUGGACGAUAUUUUAUCAUCGCAAAUUAUCAGCAAAAAAUUAGUAACUUUCAGGGAUAUUGAAGAGCUACAAGAAAACAACCAGAAACUCUUGGCAGUCGUUCGCGCGUUAUCGAGUAGACAGGAAGAGAUCGAGCGUGCUACUGAUGAGAUACACUCAGGCGAGAUGAAAGAGAAACUGGACCGUUAUAUGGAGCAAUUGACAGAAAUGCAGGCUGCACAGGAUAGACAGUCAAAGAUGCUGGAUAAUCUUUUGAAGCAAAGAGAUAUGUAUAAAAAUAUGUAUCAGCAGAUUUUAAAGAAUUCUAAUAAGAAAAAGAACGAUGAGGGAGAAAAUAAUAUCGAGGAGAAUAAAUCUAAAUCAGAAGAACCGACGAAAGACGGAGGAGAGAAGGAACAGUUGUCUCAAAAACUCAAAGAGCUUGAGGAUAAAUGCAAACAAGUUUCGGAGGAGUAUGAAACAUAUCGGAAGGAGCGAACUGCGCAUGAAAAGAUGCUAAGCGAAGAAGUGGAUAGACUCAGAAAAGAAGCGGAAGCAAAUUCAGCGAGAUGUUGCAGGUUGAGGGCACAAUUGGAUUCGGCGAACGAAAGAUUUACACUUUUGCAGGGCAAUGUUGCUUCUUACAAAGCUCAGAUCAAGGCUCUCGAGGAAAAAUGCACUAAUUACAGCGUCACCAUUGGUAAGCACGAGCAGAGUAUUAUGAUUCUGAAGGACGAGACACUCUCUGCUCAAACCCGUUUAGCUCGAGCCGAAGUUCAAUUGGAAAAUCUUCGUCAGGAACGUCAACUCUUACGAGAUUCCGAAGGACGCCUCUUGAAGGAGCGUGAAGUCUUUCAAAGAGAGAGACAAACCCAAGCCUUGCUCAGAGCAGAUAUGGAAUCCAUCAAAGCUAGUUUAGAACGAGUUCAAGCUGAAGGGCAACUUCGAGCUGAGCAGAGACUCGACGACGCUAAUAGGGAGUGUGCCGCACUUCGACGUCGUCUUCAAGAGGAACAAGAUCGAUUCAGAGAGUUGUCGGCUCAUUUGGAGAGACAAUUGACAACUGUUCAAGAAAGAUUAAAAGAAGAAUCUGAACUGAACGAAAGAUUGAAAAAAGAACUGGAUCAAAUGAGAGAAACUGAUACUCAACACAGCCGGAAAAUUGAUGAACUAAGCAAUAAAUUAAGACAGGCAGCAGCUCAUUCCAUUACCAAGCCCUUGACUGGAGAUGAUAAUCUUGUGAAGAGAGUGAAAGAAUUAGAGAUACAACUCAGCACUUCACAGGCCGAGGCAAAGUCGCUCUCUGAACAACUAAAAGCAGCCAGACAGCAGUGUCAACAAUACUGCGAUAUUGCCGAUAGCGCUGAAUCGCAACUAAGAGACCUGACAGCAGAAUCUAAUAAAUGUAAAGAGGAAUUAGAAAAAGCUUUAAAGGAUUCGCGAAGUGAGAUCAUCGCGUUACAGAAGAAAGUGAAAGAACUGAAUGACGAUCUGGCGAAGAUGUCGAAUGGUAGGCACGAGACCGAUUCGGAGCUGAGACAAAAAUUAGCUGAGGCAGAAAGAAAAGUUGAGGAGUUAGAUGAACUGAAAGGCGAGCUCGAGUUAUUGAAGAGCGAUCUGAAAUCUGUCUCCAUCACAGCUAAAGAAACAGAAGAGAAGUAUACCAAAGAAAUGAUGCUGCAUUCGUCUGAUUUGCAGAUUUUGGCCAAGCUGAAGGAAGAAGCCCAACAAGUCCAACAACAGAUUAGUGUUUUGACUCAAGAACGGAAUGCAGCAGUAGAAGCUUUAGAAAUCGAAAAAUCAGGUUCCAAAGAAAAAGAACAGAGGUUCAUAAACGAAAUUGAAGAAACUCAGAAGAGAAUUGAAGAUCUAGAUACGCAAAAUGCGCUUCUUCAUAAUCAGAUUCAGGAACUAGGCGAUCGAAUAGCCAUCAUACAGAGCCAGCAGACUAAGAUAAGCGGAAGAGAGAGUCCUGAUACCAGUCUGGAAGCUCUAAAUAAGAGUUUCAGUUCUUUAGAAGAAGACUCCAAAUCAGUGGAACAACUGUUGAGAGUUAUGAAAUAUUUAAGAAGAGAGAAAGAUUUGGCCAUGGCUAAAUCUGAUGUUCUAAGAGCAGAAAAUCUUAGAUUGAAGUCACAGGCCGAGAUGGCGGAGAAGAGAUUAAAGGAGACCGAAGCUAUACUGAAUGCUGAACGUGAAAAAGCCGAAAUUGAUGUGAUGGCCACGUCCAAACAUGCGGAACUGUUACGCAAAGUGGAAACUUUGAAUGCCAUCACGGAUUCCAACCGAAUUUUAAGGGAAGAAAGAGACCAACUGAGUGCAAAAGUUAACGAACUUACAGCUAAAGUGAACGCUCUAUCGGAAGAAGUGGUACCUCUUCGAGAUAUAUCCAGAGAUUUGACAGCCAAAACUGAAGCUCUAAUGGAAGAAAACACGAGCUUGAAAGGUGAAGCGACUAGAUGGAGGCAAAGAGCAAAUACGUUGUUGGAGAGAGCGAAUAAAGCAAGCCCUGAAGAUUGGCGGCGACUUCAGACGGAGAGAGAGAAUCUCAGUAAACUGCUGACGUCCGAAAGAGAAACUCACGCGAAGAGAACCGAAGAAUUUAAUCAAGUAAAAACAGAAAAGACAAAACUUGAAGAACAAUUGAUACAGUUGCAAAAACAGAUACAAACUCAGGACGAGCAAAUGUUGCGGACAUCAGAAGAAGCUCGCAAACUCGGUCAAGAUCUUACCGAAGCGUUAGCUGACUCAUCUUCUAAGGAAAAAGACUUGGUUUCUCUGAGAAAAGAAUUAGGUGACAAAGAAGCUAUUCUUAACGACAUCAAAAAUAAGGAAAUACAAAUCCGUAAAAUAGCCAAGAAGUACAAAACGCAAUUUGAGGAACUUGCAAAAGCUGUCGAAGAAGAAAAGAACCGUAAUGAGGAAGGAAGAAACGAAGAAAGUUCUGGUGUAAUCACUCAAGAACGUGAGGACCAACUGAGAGAAGAAGGUCGCCAAGAACUUCGCCAAGAAAUCACUGAACUUACGACGAAAGUAAAUGAGCUAACUCAAAAAGUGACAGAAGCUCAAAAUGAAGCUGAUAAUCUAAGAAAAGAGAUUGAGACUUUGAAUCGCAGUAGUAUAGAGAAAGAAGAAAGAGCAAAACAGGUUCUUAAAGGCGCUCGGACAAAGAUCAUGCAGUUGACCGAGUCAAAAAAGAUUUGUGAAAAAGAAUUGUUAGAUUUAAAAUCUAGAAAAGAAUCCGCAGGAGGAAGUUCAACUGUUCCAAAUGAUUCCGAACUCGAACACGAUACACGACUUGUGGCUUUGAAAUCGCAGAUGGAAGGGCGCAUAUCCAGGUUAGAACACGAGAAAGCAGAAAUGCAGGCGGAGAAGGACGCUCUUCUACAACGGGUCACUCAACUCCAAAGACAAUUGUCGGGAGUGAGUGGAGUCAGUGCAACUACAGAACCACCGACGGCAAACAUCAAGCCGAUGUCGGCUAGAGCGGAGACACCGUUAGCUAGUAUCAGACCAAUGAGUGUAGUAGUACAAUCGAGAACGGCGGCCGUGUUACCUACUACAGCUGGUGCGCCGGUUAUGGUCGCGCCACAUCAGAUGCAGCAACAACAGCAGCAGAUAGUGCAUACCACGGAAACUAGUUCGCCAACUAGCAGUUUGACUGAUUUUCAACCAGCGAGUACCAGCAGUUCUUCACAGAGCGCACAGACCAGUGGUCUCCGUCAACUAGUGGUGCAACCGCAAUUAAGCGAAUCGGCUGAAUCAACGCAGAGAGAAGAUUCAGAAAACGUUGAAACACUUAACGUACAGCCGCAACAGCAACAAUGCCAGCAGCAGCAGCAACAACAACAGCAGCAAACGGUAGCGUUAGUUAGUCCUAGGGUAGAGCAGCAACAACAACAGCAGCAAGGUGUCGUCAGCGAUCAACAACAAACGGUAGCAAGUAGUUCAACACAGUCAGUCAGUACGUCUCAAGCUUCGACAGGACUUAAAAGACCUAGAGGCUUGGACUCGACUGCUUCCGGAUCAAGUAUAGAAGGAGUAGAUCACGGACGUCAGGAACAGGUGCAGAGUCCAAAAACCAAAAGAAGCAGACAGGAAAUCAGUGCAACUGCUAGCGUUUCGGACGUGGAGUAUCAGGUGCCAACCUCAAGUCAACGAGAUCAAGACGAAGAAGUAGAAGAAGGUGUGGUAGUAGUAGAUUGUGACGAGGGUGAAGGUGGCGGUAAUCAUCAGGCUCAAGAAGAGGAAGAAUUUGACAACGAUCCGUACGAAGAAAUAGAAGAAGAAGAAGAGACUUAUGAAGUCGAAGUUGAACGAGACACUAAUGAGGUAGAAAUUAUCAUGGAGGAAGAUUCUACUAGUGUCGAAGUUCCUAGACAAGGUCAAACUUCUAUACCUACAAAUCAGCAACAGUCCGAAGCAAUCAGCAGUGCCGGACCGACAGGAGAACCUCCAACAUCUUUUACCGCAAGAUCUCGGGGUAUUGCACCUAUGCCUAGGCAGCAACAACAGCAGCAUCUUCUUCUGCCACCUCAAGGAUACGAAGAUGGCGGUGAUGACUGUAUUGUACCAAGCACGCCUACCUUGUUUGUUCCUCGUCGCGACGGUUUUGGCGAAGCUGUCAGCUCUCCGCAAGUACCUCAAGGCCGUUUUACUUUUGGGGAUCCGUCAGCGCCUACGACAGCUUCUUUGACACCGUCUUUGACAACUCCUAGCGGCUCCGUUAGCAGAACCAUCUUCGGUUCAUCUAGCUCUACUGUAGCGCAGGAUAGUCUGGACGACGGUAGAAUAGAUUUGACACAACUGGAAGACGGUGGAACUGGUCGUAGUGUACCUACUACUCCUCUCCAGGUUUCCCCAGCUGCGGAUUUGCCACCUUCGACUAGUAGUGGUCAGUCUGAAGAACAAGAAACAAACGUGUCUGUAACGCCUGUUACCGCCACAUCGGGCGAUACCAUCGAAGAAUCCAAUAUUCCCAGCAUUCGUAUUGUCGGUACUGAUGAACAGCAACGCGGCCAAACCGAAGCCACAGAAUCCAGUACAACUCCAAGUGAAGGUGUGAGUUCAGACAAUCAGAAACGAACGGAAGAACCGGCUUUGACAUCUGGCGAGGAUGAUACUGUAGAUACAGUGGAAGCGACAGAGGAGGCAGGAAGUGAACUUGUCGAAGACGAAGUUGAAGAAGAAAGUCGUGAAGCGGAAGCGUCUCCGUCUAGCAAUACUCGUCAGAGAGCAAUGAGCGCUAGCGUAGCGGCGAGUGAUACCAACAAUUCCAGAGGAGUAACGGUACGAAGAUCGCCGAGAUCGACAAGUUUUAGGGUUGCAAGAGGCGCGAGACCUACACCAAUCGUCUGGGGAGAAAGUCAAUCAGGCAGAGGACAAACUGUAAUGCGAGGACAUGCGACAACUAGGGGAGCUACCAAUGAAGGAGGACGAGGGCGAGGAACGCGCGGCCGACGAAUGCGCUCAAAAUUCCCUUACGGUCGUUACUCGUAAACUUACAUAACAAUUUCUAUUUUUUAUUUGUACAUCUUUUUUUUUGUGUAGCUUAUUAUGUCUAUAUACCAUGUCUACAUACUAUGAUACUAUUACUAUUGACUUAUAUAUUAAGCAAUUAAAUAGAAUUCCAUUUAAACUAA